UCGAGGGUACAAGGCCUGGCGGCCCCUCAGCCUGGGUCAUCAAACUUCAAAGCAAGGCCAAUGGAGGGGAUGGCGCAAAAUGGAAAGAACAGAAAAAGGGCGAAACGAGAAAGACUAACCCACAGAUUGGGAGAUUUUCAGAAGCUAGAUAAACUCCACUGUGUCACUCUACACAUUCAUACAAAGUUUCCCAGGUCAUAUCAGCUCCUUUUUUGUUCAUUAACUUCGCAGAUAUGCACUCUGGUUACUUCUCUUAUCAUAGAAUUCAGAGAAUCCUAGCUCGUCGUUGCCCUUUUGUCUAUAUUAGAUUUAAUGCAUAUUUAUCUUCGUUUUCAGAAAGUAAUUUCAAUCCUGGUUCUCAUCCUGUGAGAGAUUCUAAUGUCAGUUUUGUGGAAAGAGAUCAUUUUGAUGAGGGAAAUGCUGAUUUUGGUAAAUUUAGAGAGAUGGGUGUUGAAGACUCUAGGGAGUUGAGUUUGUUUGGUGACAAUAAUGGUGGGUAUCAAAGGAAUCGAAGCCUGAAUUUUGAUGGCUUUGAUGAAAUUGAAGAGGAAGAAGGAGAUAAUUGUCGUGCUGAUGAUGAUUUUGUGGUAUUGAAUUCAUAUAAUGUGCAGUGUGAGCAAACAGAGGAUGUAUGGAGAAUUGAGUUAGAGGAGGAUGAACUUAGGCAUCCUUUGGUGAGAGAGAUUUGUAGGUUGAUUCAAUGUAGGUCGGCUUGGAAUGCAAAGCUUGAACGUGAUAUGAGGCACUUACUAAGAAGUCUGAAACCUCGUCAAGUUUGUGCUGUUUUGCUCUCUCAGGAUGACGAACGUGUUGCUUUGCAGUUCUUUUAUUGGGCUGAUCGACAAUGGCGGUACCGUCACAACCCGAUUGUAUAUUAUGCAAUGCUUGAGAUCCUUAGUAAGACUAAACUGUGUCAAGGUGCUAAACGGGUUCUUCGGCUCAUUGCACGUAGAGGGAUUGAGUGUCGGCCUGAAGCUUUUGGUUAUUUGAUGGUGUCAUAUAGCAGGGCUGGCAACUUGAGGAACGCAAUGAAGGUUUUGACUUUAAUGCAAAAGGCUGGAGUUGAGCUGAAUUUGGCAGUAUGUAAUACUGCAAUCCAUGUUUUGGUGAGGGCAAAUAAGUUGGAGAAGGCACUGAGGUUCUUCGAAAGAAUGCAAAUUGUUGGAAUUAUCCCUAAUGUUGUCGCUUACAACUGUUUAAUCAAGGGAUACUGUAACGUAAAUCAAGUUGAAAAUGCAUUGCAGCUGAUUUCUGAUAUGCCAUCAAAAAACUGUUCACCGGAUAAAGUUAGUUAUUACACCAUAAUGAGUUUCUUUUGUAAAGAAAAACAAGUCAAAGAAGUGAGGGACUUAAUGGAGAAGAUGGUAAAAGAAAGUAAUCUGUUUCCAGACAUGGUUACUUAUGACACUCUUAUCCAUAUACUAUCCAAGCAUGGCCAUGCAGAUGAGGCACUUGAAUUUUUACAGGAAGCUGAAGCCAGAGGAUUUCAGAUCGAUAAGGUUGGGCAUAGUGCAAUAGUUCACGCGUACUGUAAACAAGGAAAAAUAGACGAGGCAAAAGGUAUUGUUAGUGAAAUGUUGUCAAAGGGUUGCAAUCCUGAUGUGGUGACUUAUACGGCUGUUGUUGAUGGUUUUUGUCGUGUUGGGAAGCUGGAGCAAGCUAAAAAAAUGCUUCAGCAUAUGUACAAGCAUGGCUGCAAGCCAAACACUGUAUCAUACACAGCUUUAUUAACUGGGCUUUGUCGGAAUGGGAGUUCAUUACAGGCAAGAGAGAUGCUGACUGGUAGCGAGGAAGAGUUUUGGACCCCGAAUGCCAUCACUUAUAGCGCUGUAAUGAAUGGGCUGCGUAAGGAAGGAAAAUUAUCUGAGGCGUGUGAUGUAGUGAAGGAGAUGAUUAGCAAGGGCUUUUUCCCAAACCCGGUUGAAAUUAACUUGAUAAUUGAGUCACUAUGUCGAGAGGGGAAAAUGAAUGAGGCUAAAAGGUUCUUGGAGGAAUGUUUGAAUAAAGGGUGUGCCGUUAAUGUUGUAAAUUUUACUACUCUUAUUCAUGGAUAUUGUCAAAAUGAUGACUUGGAGGCUGCUUUGUCAUUGCUUGAUGAUAUGUAUCUAAGUAACAAGCAUCCUGAUGCAGUCACUUAUACAGCAAUAAUUGAUGCACUUGGAAAGAACGGUAGAAUAGAAGAAGCAACUGAUCUUACCAUGAAGAUGCUAAAAAAAGGGUUGCUUCCAACACCUGUUACAUACAGAACAGUCAUUCACAGAUAUUGCCAGAUGGGAAAGGUGGAAGAUCUGUUGAAAUUAUUGGAAAAGAUGCUUUUGAGGCAGAAGUGCAAAACAGCGUAUAAUCAAGUUAUUGAAAAGCUUUGUAGUUUUGGAAACCUUCAGGAGGCUGAUAAAUUGUUGUCUAGGGUUUUGAAAACGGCAUCCAGAAACGAUGCUAAUACCUGUAACAUGCUUCUGGAAAGUUACUUGAGCAAAGGGAUGCCUCUAUCAGCAUAUAAAGUUGCUUGUCGUAUGUUUAACAGAAAUCUGAUUCCUAAUCUUAAACUAUCUGACAAGUUGAGUAAGAGACUCAUGUUGGAAGGAAAAUCUGCGGAGGCAGAUAACCUCAUGCUACGAUUUGUUGAGCGUGGACACCUUUCACCUCAAUGUGAAUGACAUUUUGAAGCCAUAUUCCAAAUUUUCCGACACUGGAGCUUUCUCUUUGAAGUUCAAUGGCUUGAAAAUGUUAAUUCUGGACAUAACAUGAUUAAGAGAUUUGGAGAUAGAUCCUUGGAUACAAUACUAUGGAUCUGCAAUCAAUAGUUUGUAUAUGGAGCUUUCCUGAUACUGCAAUAACCUCUGCUACUUGAGGUGCCAUCUCACACUACAAAUUUUCUGCAUUGCUGCUGCUGUGGACUGUGGACUUAAAUGACAUCUUCAACGUAACAGCAAAAUUCCCUCCAUGAUUGCCCACCUACUAUGUGUAAGUAUCAUGUUUCAAAUUGAAGGUACUACAGUACAACAUUGGCCAUUUCCCUGAUGUUGGUACUUAAACGGGGACAAAACUGUUUGUUCUCACAUGGCUAAUCACCAUGCUUUCAUAUCUGGCUAGGAUAUUAUGAAUUGAAAUAGGCCUGCUACUGGACAUCAGAUUGUAUGCAGAUGAGCUAACUGGUCAUGUAUCUGAAAUGACGACUGAAUUGUGGAAAUCAGAUUUCAGAGCAACAAAUGAAAUGUUCUGAUCUUCAGAUGUUAACAUAUACGACUUGGCUUUUUGCAACUACUCAAUGAAAGCAUCUCUUGGGUGAAAUGAGCCUAACAAUCUAGGUGAAAAAGGAGAAAUGCAAAAGGUGGAGCCCUGGUUUAAGAAAAUGGUGAGGCUUUGGCUGGCUUCUGCUAUUGGAUUAUAUCAAAAGGGGUAUAUUCAUGUAGAAAGGCACGAUAUGGACCCUUCAACACGUCUGCUUCAUCCAUGGCAGACCUGUCAUUUCAUUUUUUGGUGUAUUAAUGAAAAUUUGUUUCCCUUGUAAAAUUUACUCUUCAGGCAUGUAGUAAUCCAGACAUCUUGUUAAUAAUAAUUGGAAGGCUAGUUCAUUUCAAA